GAACGCGCGUGCGCAGUCGUGAGUUUAAAUAGGAUUACCUGAGCGACUCUGCAUGUGCUUAUAAACGGACUGAGUUCUACCUGUUUCUGAUUUAUUGGCUGUUUAGACGAAGUCAGGCUGGUUUACAGUAGCUCUUUGUGUUUUUUUUUAUAGUUAGAAACAGAACGACGGACGGCGGAGGAAGAUGAGCAUCGACUACAGCGUGUGGGACCACAUCUAUGUCUCCGACGAUGAAGACGCCACCAGCCCCUUCGUGGACACGCCGAGCCUGUUCAGAAUGAGACACCGGGCCAGGCUGGAGAAGAUGGCCGAGUUUCAGCAGAGGGGUGAAGACCUGGGACACAACUUGGCAGAAUGCCAGAGGCAGCUGCAGGAAGCCCACAGACGGCUCAGAUACCUGGAAGAACGGAUGAAGGAGGGAGAGGAGGAAGAGGAGCGAGAAGAUGAGCUGAAGAAAGUCCAGGCUGAGGUGAAGAAACUCGAGGAGGAUGAAAAGUCCUUUCGCAGGUUCCUAGAGGAACACCGGCGAGAUGAGAAGAAACUUCCCUGGAAUGUAGACACCAUCAGCAGAGAAGGUUUCAGCAAGAGCAUUCUGAACAUCCAGCCUGAAGACAAAGAGGAAAAUCAGCAGGAAAAGUUGAAGAGGCACAAGACUUUUGUGGAGAAGUACGCCAAGGAAAUCAAACACUUCGGUAUGCUGCGGCGUUGGGACGACAGCCAGACGUAUCUGUCUGACAACCCACAUCUGGUGUGUGAAGAGAGCGCUAAUUAUCUUGUCGUCCUCUGCAUUGACUUUGAGAUAGAUGAGAAACAUGCCCUCAUGGAGCAGAUUGCACACCAAGCCAUCGUCAUGCAGUUCAUCUUGGAUUUAGCUCGGACUCUGAAAGUUGACCCAAGAGGCUGCUUCAGGCAAUUCUUCUCAAAGAUUAAGACUGCGGAUAAGCCGUACCAGGACGCUUUCGACCGUGAACUGGACCUGCUGAAGCAGCGGGUCCGCAGAUGUGCGCAGGCUCGCAUGGAGAGCGCCAUGAAAGAGCUGGAGGAAGAGGAGAGGCAGAAGAGACUGGGCCCUGGGGGUUUAGACCCGAUGGAGGUCUAUAACUCACUACCCAAGGAAAUGCAGAGGAGUUUUGAUGAGAAGAACAUUGAGAUGCUGCAGGAUGUGAUGGACAAGCUGGACCCUGAGGAGGGCAGGUACCACCUGAAGAGAUGUAUCGACUCUGGGUUGUGGGUCCCUGACUUGCAGGAGGGAGAAGAUGACGAAGAUUAGAAAUGAUAAACUAAACUUGGUAACUGUUCACUGUUUAGUUGUUUUCUAUGUGUGUACGUCCAAAAGAUUGGGAAAUAAUAAAGUGUACAACAAAACUGUAUGUUUACAUAGUUUUUAAAGUUAAUUUAUUAUAUGUAUCUGUUUAAAUAUUUGUAUUUGCAUUAAAAUAUCGAAAACAACCCUGUUCAUAAGAUAAUGUACAUCAGUUUGAUAUGUUGUAUUGAAAUGGGGGAUUUAAAAUUAUUUACAAAGUAUUGUUUAUAUCCACAUUUCACGCAUUCUGUACAUUGCUGAAGACAUGUUUGACUUUGUCAAUAUAAACAUCUGAACGCCUGUUGGUACAUUUUCAGCUAGUAUGUUCAAUUGAAGGAAUUGUAGGUAGCUUUUUGUGCAUCUACCAUGUUUAAUAUUACACAGUUAAUGUAGAUUUGCAAAUUUUGACAAAAUUGUUCUGCUUUUUUAUUUGCCCUAUUAGCUCAUUUCAAUAAAAAAAUGAUGUGUA